GCAUGCGCAGAGGGUUGAGACGGGAGGGGACGGGAAAAGUGCGGCUUUAAAUCUUGCGCAGGCGCGUUGGGUCCCGAUCGCUAUGCGGGUGCUAGUGGGUGGCGGGACUGGCUUCAUUGGGACAGCCCUAACCCGGCUGCUGAAAGCCAGGGACCACGAGGUGACGCUGGUCUCCCGACGGCCGGGGCCCGCCCGGAUCACGUGGGAGGAGCUCGCCAGGUCGGGGCUGCCGAGCUGCGAUGCCGUGGUCAACCUGGCCGGAGAGAACAUCCUCAACCCUCUCCAAAGGUGGAAUGAAGCCUUCCAAAAAGAGGUUCUCAGCAGCCGCCUGGAGACCACCCAAAUGUUGGCAAAAGCCAUCACCAAAGCCCCACAAGCACCCCAGGCCUGGAUUGUAGUCACAGGCGUAGCUUACUACCAGCCCAGCCUGACUGCAGAAUAUGAUGAGGACAGCCCAGGAGGAGAUUUUGACUUUUUCUCCAAACUUGUGACCAGAUGGGAAGCUGUAGCCAGGCUUCCUGGAGAUUCUACACGCCAGGUGGUGGUGCGCUCUGGGGUUGUGCUGGGCCGUGGAGGUGGUGCCAUCGGCCAUAUGCUGCUGCCUUUCCGCCUGGGCCUGGGGGGCCCCAUCGGCUCAGGCCGCCAGUUCUUCCCCUGGAUUCACAUCAGGGACCUGACAGGAAUCCUGACCCAUGCCCUUGAAGCAAACCAUGUGCAGGGGGUCCUCAAUGGAGUGACUCCAGCCUCCACCACAACCAAUGCUGAGUUUGCUCAAGCCUUGGGUGCUGCCCUGGGCCGCCCAGCCUUCAUCCCUGUCCCUAGAAGUGUGGUACAAGCUGUCUUGGGGCAAGAACGAGCCAUCAUGCUGCUAGAGGGUCAGAAGGUGGUCCCCCGGCGGACACUGGCCUCUGGCUACCAGUAUUUCUUCCCAGAUCUGGAGGCUGCCUUGAAGGAAGUUGUAGCCUAAGUAGAGAAGCUCAUGACA